UUUCUGCGCUCUCAGCGGACAGACUCAUCCUCACAUGGUUGGAGUGAGUGUGUUGUGGAGUUCUGACAGACGAGAAACACAGAGACUCACAGGAUUACAGCCAGCACUUGGAGGAGACAUUACCUGUAGGAACUGAGCUAGGAGACAUCCAAAGUGCUGAUGUUAGGAUACUUUACUGAAGAAACAAUACCGGACCUAAGAUCUACCCUAUAGGGAAAACUGCUGCAGGGCUGAUCAUGACCAUGAGGUCAACAAUUAGGAACAUGGCCGUCUGGAAGUGCAUCUAAUCCACUGCUUCGGCCUCAGACGGUUAACCAUGGGAAACGUGGAGAGCCAAAAUGGAGAUCUUGCGUACUACAGUCAGGGACAUGGCCACAUCUCACGAAAGCACAUGACCCGAUCACUUCGCAUAUCUAACAAACAGUCUCGACGAUCACGCCAUGCCUCGACUAGCAAGGUUGAACACCGCAACUCUGAGUCCAGCACAAAGUCCAGCAGCACUCCUUCCAUCCCACAAUCCCUAAGUGAAAAUGGCCUAGAACCGUUUAGCGAGAAAAAUGCUUUGGAGAGCUAUGGGGGAACCAUUUGGGUGGACCGAAUGGCAAUGAACUUGCGGCCAAUGUCCUUCCAUGAUAACAUUGGUGAUCCCACCAUUACGCCAGGUUCAGAAGAUGGAGUGGAGAUGGACACAGUGGUGCCAGAUGGUUGUGAUGAUGAUGGACUUUUCACAGGUGAGGACACGUACCUGCAGAGGACCAGAGAUGGUCCUCGGGAAGGUGGCAGCUUCAAGAAGAAGCGCUCCAAAUCUGCUGACAUGUGGAGAGAUGAUUCCAUGGAGUUCUCGUUGUCAGACCUUAGCCAAGAACAUCUGACAAGCACAGAGGAAAUUAUAGGGACAAAUGAGGAUGAAGACAAAGGCUUUGCAAACUGUGGAGGACGCCGUCGUACCUCCAGCCCAAGGACACUGGAGUCUCAUUCAGGAGAGAGAGCCAACUCUUUAGAUGAACUUUGCACACAGAGGCUACCUCCUCUUCGUGGCUCGCACCAUCUUUAUAAUGGACACAAUACAGAGAGGACAGAAGGUAUAAUGAAUGGCGAGAUCUUGUCUCCUGCUGAGGAGGAAGGGAAUGGAUAUGGAGCGUACACUCUUCCCUGUCGUCGCUCUCACUGCCUGUCAGAAGGGUUGUCCAAUCACCAGACUACCAUCUGCUCACGUAUGCAGGGACGACGAGCACAAACAACACAUGAUAUUACGGCUGGUGAGGGCAGUGAAUAUGGAGACAGCGGUAUUGAUGGUGGUGCUGCUGAAGUUGAACAUUCCUCCCGCCGUUGUAAGGCCAUGUCUGCAUCCUUCUCCGUGUACUCCACCGCUAGUGAAAGCAUCUUCGCGGGAAGUGACAGUGGCAGUAGCAGCGGAGGCGGAGGAGACCGUCAGCAAGGUGGAGAUCAAGGCGUUUAUGAGAACUUCCGUCAGGAGCUGGACAUGAACUCCCGACAAACAAGGGAAUGCCUUGAGGAGGCCAGUUCAGCUGCCAGCGAUGAAAGAAGCAGUGGAACUCUGAGCUCCAUUUACCCCUCUGACAUUCUGCUCACCGCAGUGCAGGGCACUGUACGAAAGGCUGGCAUGCUGGCUGUGAAGAACUUUUUGGUGCACAAAAAGAAUAAGAGGGUGGAACCAGCAGCAAAAAGGAAGUGGAAGCAGUACUGGGUGUCACUCAAAGGAUGCACUCUGUUUUUUUAUGAAACGGAUGGACGUUCAGGAAUUGACCAUAACAGCAUUCACAAACAUGCAGUCUGGGUGGAGAACAGCAUUGUCCAAGCUGUCCCAGAACACCCUAAGAAAGACUUUGUGUUUUGUUUAAGCAAUGCACUGGGAGACGCCUUUCUCUUCCAGACAUCAGGUCAGACUGAGCUGGAAAACUGGAUAACUGCUAUCCACUCAGCCUGUGCGGCAGCCGUCGCCCGCCAGCACCACCGCGAGGACACGGUACGUUUGCUGCGCUCUGAAAUCAAGAAGCUUGAACAGAAGAUUGACAUGGAUGAGAAAAUGAAGAAGAUGGGCGAAAUGCAGCUUUCUGCAGUCACUGAUGGGAAGAAGAGGAAGACUAUCCUUGAUCAGAUAUUCCUCUGGGAGCAGAAUUUGGAGCAGUUUCACAUGGACUUGUUUCGGUAUCGCUGUUACCUGUCCAGCCUGCAGGGUGGCGAACUUCCAAAUCCAAAACGCCUACUUGCUGUUGCUUCCCGUCCCACCAAACUGUCCAUGGGUCGUCUUGGCAUUUUUUCAGUGUCAUCCUUUCACGCCCUGGUGGCUGCGAGGACGGACGGGGGGAUUCGUAGACGCACCCAAGCCUUGUCUCGCUCCUCCAGCAAACGAAAAAGCCGUUUCUCCUCGCUGUGGGGCCUGGACACUACCUCAAAAAAGAAAACCAAAGGCAGACCCAGCAUUAACCAGGUGUUUGUAGACGGUGAACAGCCGGUUAAGAGGAAUCUGGAGCACAUGUUUGAGGACACUGGGAAGAAUACGCUGCACAAAGACAAAGACGGUUCAUUGAAAAGCCUGCCUCAACACAAGACAGACAAUGAAGUUUGGGUUCCCGACUACCUCACGCCAUCCUGGGUCUCUUUACCUGACGAUCGUCCAGUGUUGGCUAUCAUACAACCUGGAGAGACGGCCAUGGAGGCCCUGGAGGCCCUGUGCAAGGUUCACAAACUGGAACUCUCCAAACACUACAUACGGCUGAAGUUUCUCAUCGACAAUCAAGUGCAAUUGUACGUCCCCAGACCAGAAGAGGACCUCUGUGACCUGCUCUACAAAGAAAUCGAAAUUUGUGCCAAGACAACCAAAGUCAUCCAGUUUGACAGAGAUGAGUCCUGUGCCAUAGGCUAUGGUUUCUCUGUGGCAGUGGUAGAGGAGGAUGGAGGCCAGCAGCUUCAUAUCACUGAUGUGAAAGCAGGAGGUCUGGCAUUUGCCAAAGGUCUGCGAGCCGGCGAUGAGAUCCUGAAGUUGAACAGUAAACCUGCGAGUGUAUUGGAGUUGGCAGACAUGCAGGCUGCGUUUGCUCUGCCCUCUCUCACCCUGACUGUCAGCACGCUGCCCGCUGCCGAUCCGCACCAGUUGUGCCAGCUUCCUCCUCGCAGAUCAGACGGAGCGCAAGACCUCUGCACUGACAUCUUCUCCCAGAGUCAAGAGGACAUCCUGGAUGAAGGUCUUGGCCUUGUGCUGCAUAGCCCCGAUGACACAGGCGACGACAGGGUAAACCUGAUGGCUGAGAGCCCCGCUGACAGCCUGGAGGAUGAAAUCGACUCGGCACACAAGAGUACAGAGCAGGUGACCGCCUUCUGCCGCAACCUUCAUGAUAUGAAUUCCAACGAGGGUCCCGUCUCCUGUUCCUCAUCUUCCUCCACUUCUUCCUCAUCUUCAUCCUGCAUGCCCAGCCCAAUCUCUCCACUGCCUGGUCUUUUCACCCCUCGCCAGCUCUCUGACGCAGAUAAACUCCGCAAGGUCAUCAGUGAGCUGGUGGACACUGAGAGGACCUACGUUAAGGACCUGAACAUUUUAAUAGAGCGCUACCUGAACCCCCUGCAGAAGGAGAGCUUCCUCACCCAGGAUGAGCUGGACGUGCUGUUUGGAAACUUGGCGGAGAUGGUGGAAUUCCAAGUGGAGUUUCUAAAAACUCUAGAAGAUGGAACCAGAUUAGUUCCAGAUUUAGACAAACUGGAGAGAGUCGAUCAGUUCAAGAAAGUUCUGUUUUCUCUUGGCGGAUCUUUCCUCUACUAUGCGGACCGUUUUAAGAUCUACAGUGCAUUUUGUGCCAGUCACACAAAAGUCCCCAAGGUCCUUACCAAAGCUAAAACAGACCCAGAGUUCAAGGCAUUUCUGGCUGAGAGGAACCCCAGACAGCAGCAUUCCUCCACGCUGGAGUCCUACCUGAUCAAACCUAUUCAGAGAGUCCUAAAAUACCCACUGCUCCUGAGGGAGCUUUACUCGCUCACCGACCCCGACAGCGAGGAGCACUACCACCUGGAUGUGGCGAUGAAAGCCAUGAACAAAGUGGCCAGUCACAUAAACGAGAUGCAGAAGAUUCACGAGGAAUACGGAGCCGUGUUUGACCAACUCAUCAGUGAACAGAGCUCAGAAAAGAAAGAGGUUGCUGAUCUGUCAAUGGGCGACCUCUUGUUGUAUGACACAGUGGUCUGGAUUAACCCACCGUCCUCUUUGAUGAAGGGGAAGAGAGACCCAGAGCUGGCUGCCUUUGUUUUCAGAACAGCGGUUGUUUUUGUGUGUAAGGACUGCUCCAAGCAAAAGAAAAAAAUCGGUGGACCUCACAGAGUGUCAACCCUUGAUGAGAGAGACCCAUUUCGUUUUAGACACAUGAUCUCUACAGAUGCCCUCCAAGUUCGCAAUCUCCCAAAUUCCGAGGGCUCUGCAAUGUGUGAGAUCGUUCACGUGAGGUCAGAAUUUGAAGGGAGACCUGAGAGGACUUUCCACAUCUGUUGCAGCUCUCCAGAGAGUAAAAAAGACUUCUUAAAGACUGUUCAUUCCAUCCUGAGGGACAAACAACGGCGCCAGCUUAUGAAGACCGAAAGUUUACCUCCAAAUCAGCAGUAUAUUCCCUUUGGAGGGAAGCGGCUUUGUGCGCUAAAGGGUUCACGACCCACCAUGAACAGAGCUGUUUCAGCACCAUCUCGAACCCUGGGUCAAAGGAAGCUGAUUCGUAAUCGUAUCACCAUAGACACAGGUGUUAUUUUUGAUGACGACUCAUCCCAGGAUCUAUCACCAAUCACCCCCACAGAACCCCCAUUCCAUAAACCCCAGCAGCCCAUCCGGGACACCGACCGCUGGGUGGAGGAUCAGUUUGACCUUCAGAUCUACGAGAACCAGGACGACGUUAAAGAGACGGACAUCCUCAGUGAUGACGAUGAGUACUGCCAGUCCGUCCGGGCCCCAUCCUCUGACCCAAGCCUGGAGGAGUCCUUCGAGGCUCUUUCAGUGGAAGGAGAUGAAGACAAGGGUCUCAACGGGCUCUCCGAGGACAAAUCGAAGAAAUCUCACGCCCCCUUGAAACUGACCCUUCUGAGAAAGCAAUGCGCAGUGGAGGGUGUUUCUUCGGAGAGGGACUGUGAGGUUAUUUGGGUUCGAAGAGACGAUUUUAAAAACAGCUGCAACAGUGACAUCUUCUGAGCGGAGAGGGAAUAUGCAAGCUGUAAUGCUGUUAUUUUUAGACUUGUGCCAGAAUAAGGCAGACGCUUACUGAGUCCGAGCUUUCACGGACAUGAUGCACUGACAAUCCUACUGAAAGAAAGCCAGAACUGAAGAGCUUCUUGAUGUUUCAAGCCACUUGAAAUAUCAAUGCAAGAUCAAGCUGAGGGACAUUCGAAGAUGCCAACUGUACAGCUCAUGUAUUUAUAGAGGCUUCAUACUGACAGACAUCAGGCAGCUACGUGUUCAUUUAGCUGAUGUUUUUGGUUGGAACACAAAAUGGUGGUCAGUUUGUUUGCUCGUGCUUCAUAUCUUCCUUUUUAUUCAGGGAUUUGUGACUUAAUGCCUCGUAUAUUGUUCUUCGUAAUGGCUACAACCCGGAGGGCACCCAUGCCAAAAUUGCAAAUCCAUUUGAUGUCAAUCCACUACCUUGAUGUCAAAUUGACAUCUAACAUUGGUGUCAAAAAACACAUCCGGUAUUACAGUCCUGUAAUCGAUUUUUGAUGUGUUUUUUAAUGCUUAAACGUUGUCGUUUGAACAUCAAGGUAGCUUACAUGCAAUGUAGAAAAACAGAAUCAUACAUUUGUAGUUGAAGCCUUCAAAUGAGUAACAUAUUUCAUAUAGUUUCAUAUUUUUUGUGUCGUUAUUUUGGUGGUCGAAAUUUCAUCAAUGUAUUGACGUCAAGGUCUUGACAUCAAAUUGAUUUGCAUUUUGAUGUGUUUUUUGGAUGUUGCUUUACAUCAAGGUGCCCGCCAAAAAGGGGGUGAUUUUCAUGGAGCACGUCAACAUUCCCUUGAAAUGCCACGGCUAGUUUUGACCAGCUGUUUAAUGCCGUUUCCUUUACAUAUCCAACCGUUCCCUGCUUGCUGUCUUCGUUCCCUUUUCUUCAUAGGUCACCAGCAACCCAGUAUUAAAGAUCACUGUUCAUCCAACACACAGAGAAAUAUUAUUCUACUUGAAUUGUGAAGAAAGAACUGCAAUAAUGUAACUCGUUAUUUCGAAAAGGAUAUCAAACUACCCAUGAUCCUUUCUCUAGGGGCUUUGGUGUGCUUAGGCACAUAAAUAAGGCAUUAUAACUCAAAGCACCCCUGCUAAGUGAUAAAUGUAGCAGAUUUUGUCUUGCUAAGAAUGAGAUUUGAUUUUUAUGGUAUUUUGUACACUGGUAAAGAUAAAGCUGGACAUGUUACUCACUCCAAGUGUAUUUUAAACACCAGAAACGCCCUUCCAUGUGAAAUACAAUCACUGCACCUUCAGCCAUGGUUUCCUUUUAGUGAAAUUGACUGUAUUUAAAAACGAAAACUGUAAAAAUGCCAUACUUUUAUCCUCUGCCUUUUUGAAACUGUGUAUGUUCAUACUGUGGAAAUACUUAUUAACCUUAAAUAAAUCUUCCUAAUUUAUAUUUGCAGUUUUAUCCAAA